AUGCCUAUCUUUCACCGUGACUCCACCGCUAGCUCCUCCUCGGGGAGAAGCAUUGAUGAUUCGUAUCAAACAAAGACUCAUUCAGGACUAUUUGGGAGUCGGUCAUCUCACUCUACCCACUCUUCCAUAUCGUCCGGCUCUGGUUCCUCUGCGAGCAACUCUCGCCGCCACGGCCUUCUUCACAGGACGCACGAGGACCCGUCUAUCAUGGCCGCUCGAGAGCAGGUACUUCGUGCAGAGACCGCCGAAAGAGAAGCCGACAAGGCACUCAUUGCCUCGAGGAGAGCCGUCAAGGAGGCAAGGGACCAUGUGAAGCAUCUUGAGCGUGAAGCCGCUGAAGAGGCGCGACUGGCGAAAAUCAAGCAGGACCAAGCGAGGUCCAUUUCCAAGAGAGCGAAGCCGCUUGGACGUAAGUUUCCUACUCGCUGGACUUAA